AUGUUAAAUACUAUCAGGUUGCAUUUAGCUAAAUCAUACGCAUACAAUUUAUAUUUAUUUUUUGAAUUCUUUACUCAAUCGUCAGAGAUGUCAAGUGCCAGUGAUUUCCAACGAAUAAAUAAUGCGAUAACAACUAAUAUUUCAAAGAUCAAGAACAACAUCAGCGAACUUGAAAGCCUCAUUCAGAAGAUUGGAACAUCAGACGAUUCUGAACCAUUGCGAGAUCGUUAUCUUCAUUUACAAAAUGAAAUGAAAACAUUGGUUCAGCAGACAAAUCGCGCUUUCGAGCAACUUCAAUCUACUCCGGUUAGAAAUGAAGACGAUCGAAGACAUAAAGAAAACUUAACCAAAACAUUAUCUCAACAGUACAUGAAACUAAUUAAUCGUUUUCAAGAAUUACAACGUCUUGGUGCUCAAAAAGAAAAAGCUAGUCUUGAACGAGCUCGCUCAGCUUCAUUCAGAAAACAUAGUAUGCACGAUUCAAACGGCGUAGACAAUGUAGCUUUCACAAACACGCCCUAUCAACAACAAGUUGUUAUACCUAUGGAACAAGAAGCAGAUGCACGAGCUAUACAAGAACGUGACAGUCAACUACGACAAUUAGAAACGAAUAUCAUCGAAGUGAAUGAAUUAUUUAAAGAUGUUGCUAAACUUGUACAUGAACACGGUGAAAUCAUCGAUAAUAUCGAAAACAAUGUCGUUGAAACUGAAGCACACGUUGAUACUGGUAAUCGACAGUUGAAACAAGCUGUUACUUAUCAAUCUGCAGCUCGACGUAAGAAGAUUAUUCUUAUCGGAAUCUUAAUCACAAUCAUUGUCAUUAUCGCAUUAAUUCUUGGCAUAUACUUUGGAGUCGCAAAAAAAUAA